AUGGGAGGAUCGGGGGGUGAGAAGAGGAUGGGAGGGAUGGGGAUGAGAGUGAGAAGCGGGUCCGAGCUGGAUAGAAUGGGCGAGGGGGAGGUUGUGGAGAUGAGACGAGCAGAGACACUGCGAGGGGAGGGUGUGAGGAGUGGUGAGAGGAGGAUGGGAGGUGAGAGUGGGAAAGGGGUUGGGAGAGGAAUGGAAGGUGCGAGAGGGGUGGAGGGUGGAAAAGGGGGUGGUGCGAGAGGGGUUGGGGGUAUGAGAGUGAGAGCAAGGAGUGGUUCUGAACUGAGUGAGAUGGGCAAGGGGGGUGCGGAGGAAAGAUAUGAGGAGCGAGUUGUGGGUCCGAUGGUGGGUGGGGAGGAGCAGCAGCAGCAUGCAGGUGUGGCGAUGCGACGAGUGGAGACCAUGCGGGGGGAGGGUGUGAUGGGUGGUGCAAGUAGUGGGGGUGCAGCAGGUGAGGAGCAGCAGCACGAUGCUGUGGCGAUGCGACGAGUGGAGACCAUGCGAGGGCGAGUCGAGCAAGUGCGGGUAACGCGGGAGGGGCAGCAGAAGGGGCAGCAAGUUGCAGUGCAUGCCGGCCCAAAGCUCAAAGGCAAUAAACCUGCUGCUGGUGCUGUUGCUGCUACAGGUGCAGGUGUUGCUGCUGCAGGAGCUGCCACUGCAGCCGAGAGAAAAGGAAGUGGACGGAGCUAUCAAAUGCGGCGGUCCCGAACCUCCUCUAAUCAGAGGCUUGGCUCUCCGCCACCCUCCCCUGAGAAAGGAGUUUUGAUUUGUGAGGAGGGUGGUGUGGGAGAGGUGCAAGCAGGGGAGUUGAGGCGAGCAGAGACAACAAGAGGGCGGAUGGAAGAGAGGCAGCAGGGACUGAUGCAGCAGCAGCAGCAGAUGCUAGCGCAGGCCGACCAAAACAGACGCUCGGUUUUCGAGCCUCUUAAAACAGAACCUGCCAGCAGCAGCAGCACGAGAAGCAGAGGGCGGCACUGCAUGCGGCGAUCAAAAACCUCCUCCACUGAACGCCUCCUUUCUCUGUCGCCCUUGACAGACCAAUUUCGCGCAGAACAACAACCCGUGGUAGGACCACCCAGUGAAAUGGCUGCUGAUGGGAGCGAGUCGAGGCGAGGAGGGAGCGUGAGGGAGAGGGGGAGGAAGAAGAGGCUGAAUGCGUGGGACGUGUUUGGGGAUGGGGAGGAUGUGAUUGGUCGAGAAGCGCAUGUGGUGGUGCUCCAAUCAGGUGUUGCCAGGUGUUCCCCACCUACCGGCUCCCCUCCUCUGGGUUUGGCUCCUAGCGUGUUUGAAAAAAUAGCGCCUGCCCGGAGUUUCACAGCUGCCCGGGAGGAAGCAGGAAUUGAUUCGAGCCCACCGCUGGUGCGGUCAAAAUCAGAAAAGAGGGUGGCAGGGCGGAGAGGACGGAGGCGGGAGGAUUAUGAGAAUUCUCAAAAGCCACCUGCAUCAAUCAGGGAUGUCAUAUCUGCGUGGGAGGAGGAGGGGGAGGUUGACUCGGGUCAACCUUUGGUGCAUCGCCGUAUUGAGGCAUGGUCGCAGCAGCAGAAGCAGAGGCAGCCGCAGCACCAGGAGGAGAAGGGGAAGCAGCAGAAGCAGCAGGAGGAGGAGCAGGAGGAGGAGGGGCAGCAGCAGCAGCAGCAGCAGCAGCAGCAGCAGCAGCAGCAGCAGCAGCAGCAGCAGCAGCAGCAGCAGCAGCAGGAGGAGGAGGAGGAGGGGCAGCAACAGAGCAAUCGAGUGAGGCUGUUGCUGCAGCGGUCGAUGAGUCGGAGGGAACGAGCAGCAGCGAAAGCUGCAGCACUAGAAGUGUUGUCAGCUGCUGCAGGAAGAGUCGCAGCAGAGGGAGAGAGAGAAACAGAUGCAGCUCCGGUUGCAGAUAUGUUUGUUCAAAACACCGUUGAGGGGAGGGAGCAGAUGCAACAGGGGGGGAGACACAAGCAGCCUCACAGACAAUCCUCUGUGCCGGCUCGCACGCCGAGAGGAACAAGCCUGAUGGAGAGAGAGUGGGCGAAAGGGGAGAUUGUUUCAAGCCAGCCGGUUAAGUCGAGGAGACGGGAGGAUGAAGGGAAAGAGAGGAGAAAAGGGGCGGGUGAGUUGGCGAAAGGAGCUGGGAUAGAGGAGGGGAAAGGGAGGGGAGUGGAGGGGGGGAAGGGGCAGGGGUCGCAACGGGGAACAGACGAGAAGCGGAGGCAGGGAGGGGGCGAGGAGGAGAGAGGGGUGAAGAAGCAGAGGGUGAGAGAGAAGGAGGCGUUGAGAGAGAUGGAGAGGGAGAUUAGGGUUAUGCGGGAUAGGAGAGCGCGGGAGCGUGCUGCAGCCAGACGGGCUGGUGAGAGCAAGAAGGAUGGAAAAGGGGGGAGUGAGGGAGGUCGUGAGAGUGGGGAGGUCGGAGGGGGGGGUGGGUUUGGAGUAGAGCAGCGAUGGUUGGAGAGGAGGAGCAAGAGUGUAGGUGAGGGUAGGUUGAGGGCAAGAUGUGGGGUGGUGUGUGGGGGAGUAGCAUUGGAAGGGGGGGAAGGGAUAGAGGAGGCGGAUUUAGAGGAGGCGGAUUUAGAGGAGGAGGAGGAGGUUCCAAGCUACCCUCCAUUAAGUCGCAGCCGCACUCAACCCUCUCGCCUGCCUUCUAACCCAUGCACACCGCGUUACACCCACCUCCCUCCCUUCUCACCACAUCCCUCCCUUGCCCCGUUGUCCCUCGCUGAAACUGGCCCCGAACCUGUUUCCCGAACCGCUUACCACUUUGACCUGGUCCAACCGCUCUCUCCAGACCUUCAGGUCUGGGAGGAGCCCGAGCCUGAAACCGAACCUGAGACGGGUCCCCGAUCCAAGCGGCGAGGCUUCCGAGACAGGCUGUUCGGCCGAAGCUCAAGCGGAAGUCGGGACAAACUGGCAGAGGCUCCUGCUGGGAGAAAGGGGACGUAUGGUGGGAGUGUGGGGGGAUUGGAAGGCCAAAACGGCCUGUUCGGGCGAGACGGGUCGUGUGGGCAAGACAGCAUGUUUGGGGGAGAAGGGAGCGGGGGCGCAUGGGGGCUGGAUGGCAGUGGUGGGAGAAUGAGCCGAGACGGAUCUCUGACCCAGCAUGCUCCCGUGAUGAGCCGAGAUAAUUUGCUCAACCAGAACGGUAUGUUGAGCCUAGAAGGUUCGUUUGCACAGGAUGGGCAUGGCGAGAACGCUUCUGGUGGUGUUGGUGGUGCUGACAGGCAGGUUGAGUCCCGUACUGAGGCUAGCAGUGCGGUUCCUUCCUUGCCACAGGUGAAGCCGCAAGCAGAUUCAGGCACAGAGGCCGGUGGUAGCGGUGCCAGCAGCAGUGGGCACAGAGGUCGAUUCUCCCUGAGACGACACCUGCAGCGGCUUAAAAGCGGCGAGGCUAAGUCUCCGGUUCACUCUCCUUCACCUCGGGUAGUUGACUCGCUGUUUGAUUUUUCCCCUGACGCGGCUGCAGGUGUUUCCUCCCCUACACUCUCCUCCUCCCCCUCUCUCUCGACUUCUUGGGCUGGUAUGUUCUCCCGAACCCAGACUGGUACGACCGGGAGCCGCCUGUCUGGUUCGGUAAGCAGCUGGGUCCGAAGCAGCUGGGGAGGCUCGGGAAGGGGGAGUAGGGAUGGGGAUGGGUUGAGCGAAGUUGCCACUGCUGCUAGUGGUGAUGCUGAUUACGCUUCUGCUUUUGACAGUAACGGUUACGACGAUGUCGGGGUUGUGCCGAUGCGGAGGAGUAAAACGGAUGGGAGGAGGGACUAUAUCGAGAAAGGAGUGAUUCCUGUCAGCAGGAGUUACGCUCAUAACGAGGCUAUGAGUGUGAAAAGGAUGAUGGAAGGGAUGGGGGGAAUGGAAGGAGCAGAGUAUGAUGCUGGUGUAGAAGGGGCGUAUGAAGCAACGCAGUUUGUGCCUCUCAAGGUUCCCAAGUCCCCUUCCUGGGCCAGUGAGAUGGGCUUGUGGGCCACGGGGGGGCGAUAG